AUGCAUGACAUGGUAUAUUAGCUGUGAAGUUUUUCUUUUUUAAAUUAAUUAUUCAGUCGCUUUAAUAUAUUGCUUGAAUAGUUUGAAAAGCUGAGUAAACGAUAGAAUUUAACACGUUUAAAAUACGAGUAAACAACAGCUGAAUCAUGAAAGCACUUUAAUUAUACAAAUCAUGCUUAAUGUUGUGCGGUGUCGAUGUCACAGUCGUUAGAGCAUGUUUCGUUCAUCUCUGUGACCAGGGUUUAAUUUCUGCAAUAUGCAGUUGUCUCAUUAUAAUUUCACCUCAGUCACAUGUAAGAAGAGUGCUUCCAGUUUGACUCUACCAAACACCACAGGUUUUCUCCUGGUACAUCGGUUUCCUUCUGUAGUAACACUGGUUCAAUAAGAGAGGAAGAACAGUUUAGAACUGAUAGAGCUAUCCAGUAUGAAGAAAAUUAGUUUCGUUUAGGUUUCCUCCUGUAUAGUAACAUUGGAUCAAUAAGAGAUGACCCUUACUGGACUUCUAGGAAGAACAGUUUAGAACUGAUAGAGCUAUCCAGUAUAAAUAAAGUUGGUUUAGUUUAGGUUUCCUCCUGUAGUAACACUGGAUCAAUAAGAGAUGAUCCUUACUGGACUUCUAGGAAGAACAGUUUAGAAUUGAUCGAGCUAUCCAGUAUAAAUAAAGUUGGUUUAGUUUAGGUUUCCUCCUGUAGUAACACUGGAUCAAUAAGAGAUGAUCCUUACUGGACUUCUAGGAAGAACAGUUUAGAAUUGAUAGAGCUAUCCAGUAUAAAUAAAGUUGGUUUAGUUUAGGUUUCCUCCUGUAGUAACACUGGAUCAAUAAGAGAUGAUUCUUACUGGACUUCUAGGAAGAACAGUUUAGAAUUGAUAGAGCUAUCCAGUAUAAAUAAAGUUGGUUUAGUUUAGGUUUCCUCCUGUAGUGACACUGGAUCAAUAAGAGAUGAUCCUUACUGGACCUCUAGGAAGAACAGUUUAGAACUGAUAGAGCUAUCCAGUAUAAAUGAAGUUAUUUUAGUUUAGGUUUCCUCCUGUAGUAACACUGGAUCAAUAAGAGAUGAUCCUUACUGGACCUCUAGGAAGAACAGUUUAGAACUGAUAGAGCUGUCCAGUACACUCAAUUUAGUUCAGAGUUCAUGAUUUCCUUCUGUAUUAACACUGGAUCAAUAAGGCGAUGGCCCUAAUUUGACCUCUAGGCAGUAUAAAUAAAGUUUAUGUCUUGUCUCCUCCGUUUAGUUCACGCUACGUGAUUACGAGCAGCCGUUAUUUUUGUGUGAAUUAUUUGAAAUUUCUGGUCGUCUGAUUGGUGCAGAGCAAGCAGCGUGUGAGCGAGGUAUUACCACUUCAUUUUCAUCACUGAGAUGGGGACAAGGGCGUAGCCACCCCCCCCCCCCAAACAAGUGGGUAUAGGUCCCCCACCCACGUCGACACAAAUUUUGGGACAUUUAUAUUUUGUCCGCGCUCCUAUCGCAUUUCUCAAUACCCAUCCUAAUUCUGUGUAAACAUUUCUAGCCAAGCGUACUUGUGUAGUGGAAAUUCCUCCGCCUUGGGGCGACCAGGAAGUCAGCCGAGGAAUGACGCCCUUGAAAUAUUUCCACGAUUUGAAUUUUGGUAAGUAUUUCUACAUUAUUGUGAUAUUAUUUCUGCUAGAUGUUAUUUUUGUUGCAAUUAUAAUGGAUUAUAUUUGCAAUUUAGAUUUUCAAAAGCUUGAAAUGAGUUGGGGCGUGGAUAUCGAACCUGCCUAUGCCAUGGUCAACAUAGCGUUUGGUUUGUAAAUUUUGUUCAUUUCGUUAUCAUCCAAAAAAAACCUGGUGAAACUAUCGGGCCACUUUGCCUUUGAUAAUAGUAAUAAUACCCUAUGAUAAUAUCGUUGUUUAGAGCAUAUCAAUAAAGCCAGUGUUGACCCAAGUGUUAGCUUGCCAUUUUGGGACAAGGUAAUAGCAUUGUUCAUGUCUGUUCUUAAACAGUCACUAGUCCUUACUAAUCUGACGUGUUUUGUUUCAACUAGCAGGAAAGCAUUCGAACUGUUUCAGGUAGUUGAGACACAAACCACGACAGCUUAUUGUAGAACACUACCUACACUGGACCACCACGUUUGAGAUAUCUUUUUCAGGUAGUUCAGACACAAACACCACAGUGCUCAGCUUAUUGUAGAACACUACCUACACUGGACCACCACGUUUGAGAUAUCUUUUAAUUCAGGUAGUUCAGACACAAACCACGGCAGCUUAUUGUAGAUUACUACACACACUGGACCACCACGUUUGAGAUAUCUUUUUCAGGUAGUUCAGACACAAACCACGACAGCUUAUUGUAGAAACUACCUACACUGGACCACCACGUUUGAGAUAUCUUUUUCAGGAAGUUCAGACACAAACCACGGCAGCUUAUUGUAGAUUACUACACACACUGGACCAGCACGUUUGAGAUAUCUUUUUCAGGUAGUUCAGACACAAACCACGACAGCUUAUUGUAGAACACUACCUACACUGGACCUCCCUGAUGAUAUUUCAAUGACACGCCUUUGUCUUCUCUACUUAGAUGCGGUUAUUACUUCACGGUCGACUUUCGAUGAAUAUAAAAGAAUGGCAACUGAACUGGCGAGCAACAAGAAAUCCUUAUGAUAAAUCUGAACAACUCGAGAUUGAAUGGAGAAAUGUGAGAUUUGAUUGGACCAACGGUUAGUGUACUGGAGUGCUGGUCUUAGAUUAGAGGUCAGUGGUACCAGGCGUAUUCCAUCACUCCGUCUCAUCAUUUGUUCUUACAUUGCAGCAUGUUUUGAGAUAUUUGGUGAUUUUGAUCUGUUUACUCGGACUGCGUCCAAAUACGAUGACUGCUGUGUUCUUCAUCUUCCUGCCUUGAAGUUUCGGUAAGUUUUCGCUUUAUAAAUAUCCAUCCUGCAAUCUGCUAGACUCGGUCAUUUAGAGUCUAAGGGCGCUUUCCAUUAACACGGUCAGAACGGUCAGAUUGUUGAAUGGAACACAAAACAUUUUGGCUUCCGACCUAUAUGACCGGAAAAUUUAGAUAACAUUAGAAUGAGGUCCAGAUUUUCCCAUUGGUACAGAGAAAAGAAUUCGGGUCUGACCAGUCAGGCCAUUAUAUGGAAAGCGCCCAUAGGGCGCACCUAAGAAGGUCCAUGCAUGUGUAACUGUGUGAUGUUUAUUUCUCGUAUUUUCGUCAUUUCAGUGCUGAUCUGGUAUGGCAUUGCCGCGAGGAGGGUGAUGCGAAUAAUCACUAUAACAUCAGACCAUGUGCACCUAACAAACUGCCUCAACUACCUCCUGGACAGGUAAGAGUCACUGAUUGUAAAAAAUAACCUGGACAGUUCCAUGCAUUGCCUAAUGGAGGAUAAUAACAAAUUAAAUGCACAGUUCAGCCUUUUGAAUGAUGGGUUUUAAGGCGCAUUACGACCCUUUUAAUUGAAAAAACUAGCUAGGAAAAUCAAUUAAACAUAAUUCAAGAUCAGUAAAGUCAAUGUUUUUAACAUUUUAAAACAUUUUGUAUUGUUAAAAACAUUGAGUUCAUUGGUCUUAAUUGAAUUAUGCUUAAUUGAUUUUCCUAGUUAGUUUGUUUUUUUUCAAUUGAAAGGGUUCAAAACGCUGAACUAUGCCAUUAAAUAUUACUAGACAAUAGAAAUCUACCAUUACCAUGGGACUAAAUGUUUACAAGUAAAAUGUCUCCAUUGCUGUUUAUAGCUUCACAUAUACAAGUUGACUACAUUAUUUUUAAUGAUUUUUAUCUCUUAGGUUCAUGAUUCCUAUGCUGCAUUCAGAUCACAGAACCUUAGUUUAAAUAUAUCAUUUGAAGUGGACGCUGAACGAUUAAAGGUACUGCUUUAGAGAUGGGGUUAACUGUUUUCUGUGGGUACACUUUUGUUUCCAUCCACAUACAAAGUUGUGUAUUAUCACAAUGACAAAAGCCCAGAUUGUUUGUUCGUUUGGCCUGUUUAUCUCUCUGUGUUUGGCUCACGUAGAUUCUUUCUUUCUAUGAAGGAGGACGACGUUCCCACCAUACUUCUUUACGCCAGUACAUUCAGAUGGUUUCAGAAUUUCCAGGUAUUAUUAUAACGUGAUUGAAGUUAUUAGGAUGUAAAAUAUCCAGGUUAUGUUUAUCACGAUAUUUUUCGUAUCUUAGGCUGCUGUUUGGCGGAAUGUCAGUCGUCCAAUUAAGAAAGGCUCGAUAUUCAACAGAAUCAUGCCCAAGAGAAAACCGCUAAGUCGCCACUACAGGUUGGCAAAUUAUCAAUGUCCUACAUUGUUUCCAAUUUCCAUGAAGUGCCUUAACAAUUAUGCGUGGUUCAUGUAAUAUUUCAAACCCGACUAUGAGGACUGGACUAGAUUUUAAGUCCACACAAUUUGAUUAUGUCCGAGGCGAAGCAGAGGACUGGAUCAAAAUGCGAGGACUUGAAACCUAGUCCAGUCCGAAUUGGAGGAUUUGAAAUGACAUCUCAUACGAAUAACUACUUAAUUCAUUUUGAUCCAGUCCAAGGACUGAAUUAAUUUUGAUCCAGUCCUAGGAUUGGAUCAAUGUACUUCAUCAGGUAUCCAGUAUUAUCACGUGAGCAAAAUAAAGCAAUAUGGUUGGCUAAUUUACUCAUGAAUUAUUAAUGAGUUUGAAAUUAUUACACAUCAUUUUCAUUGCAGGAAUGCUGGCCUCAGUGUUUAUUUUACUGUGGCUCAGCAACCAAGCAUGUAGGCACUUUUUGUUACCUCCGUGUGCCUGACAACAAUUUCCUAAGUUCGCUAUUAUAAUUUAUUUUCAAAAAUGUUGGCUUCAACUUAAAAUUCCCCCAGCCUAGUGUAUUUUACUGGGGUUCAGUUAUCAAGUCUAUUUCAGAACCAUCCUCAGAGAUACGAAAAACCAGUUUCAUAUUAUUCUGACACUGCAAUCGACCAACAAAAAAUUCGUUGGCUCGAGCGGGAUUUGAACUCGCAUAGAUACCCGAAGAUGCGAGUUCAAAUCCCGCUCCAGCCAACGAAUUUUUCGUUGUUCUAUUGCAGUGUCAGAAUAAUAUGAAAUCACUUACCAAGCAUUUAGGAACUUUUUGUGACCUCCUUGUACCUAACAACCAUUGUCUAAGUUCGUUAUUAUAAUUUAUUUUCAGAAAUGUUGGCUUCAACUUAAAAUUCCCCCAGCUCAGUGUAUUUUACUGGGGCUCCGUCACAAAACAUUUAGGAGCUGAGCUGAAUCUUGGCACAGGAAGCUUGAAUACAGUCUACAGAGUUGGCUUGUCAGAGUACAAGGAUGGCUUGGUUCGAAGACCGGCGGCCACCUGGACUAUAAUUAAACUGGAUAGUGAAAUUGAGGACGUCACCUGUUACGUCACAUGUGUGGAGGAGAAGGAGCCUGGGAACGAGAGUGAUGAACAGUCUGCUCCUAAUCAGGUUCGAAUAAUAUUGUAUUUAUGUGUCUUAUUUUGUACAGUAACAAUAGAAUAGACCUUCCCAAUUAUUCUCUUUUCCCAAUGGCCUCGUGUUUUGUGCUUAGUAGAGUUGAAAAUUAUUUUGUUAUUGAGCUUAAAGGCCUGUUUAAACGGAUCCAACAUUGUUGGACCAACAUCAUCCGACAAUGUUACUAUACUAGAUAUGACUGCUUCUCUUUCAAAUCUUUUUGGUUAGAUAAGCUUUACUCAAACUCUAAACCUAGUCUUGACAAAAAUAUUUGAAAAAGAAGCCGUUUGAGCCAUUAUUUCAACAAUGUUGGAUGAUGUUGGUCCAACAAUGUUGGAUCCGUUUAAACAGGGCUUAAGAACAGCAAGAAACAAAUUCUUUCAGGGAAACAUAGGAAUAUAAUCUUUAUCUGCCCCUGACAUGCUUAAAUAAGUCAACAUGGAAACGAAGGUAAAAGAGAAUAAUCGGUAAGAUCUAUUGUAUUAUUUCGUUGCCAAAAAAGUCUUACUUUUAAUCUUCCCCGAUCUUCGUUCAUCCAGAAGUUGGAAGACAAGAAUUUUAUUCAACGCAGCUAAGAUAUAAUUAGAGUAAAAUUAAUAAAUAGAGCGCAUUAAAGCAGCUAAGAAACAAUUAAGUACUGUUUAAUAAACGAUAUGAUUUCACCUCAUUCGCAUGUGAGAAGAGUGUUUCCAGUUUGACUCUCCAGUUUUCUUCUGUAUAUUUAACACUGUACAAUAAAUAUCUUCGUAUAUUUAGACGUACAUGUUCUGUAUUGUGCUGAACCUUUUUAGGAAAGUUCUGGACCUGACAAGGACGUUUUCGAACCAAAAACUUUGGAGCCAUCAAAAUUCUAUCUUGGACAUGUAGAUAGGUAUGUUUUUAGGCGUUUUGUCCAAACGCUCACUCAGGUUUUAUCCAUACUCAGAUCUUAUGAAGCUGGGUAGGACGUGGAUGAAGUUCUUGUUUAUCAAAUAGAGCAAUGUACCCUGAUGAAACUUUGCAGAAACUCUCUCUUGUCAACAUUCAUACAACUCGUCUUCUUAUUUGAGACAGCCGUAGGAGUUUCAUUUUUAUUUCAUUUAAACUUUAUUUAACGAGGCUAACACAUAAUAGUUUUACAACUAAUAAACUUGUGACCCUCGUGAUAAAGUACUGGUCUUCAUAAGGAGUUAAGGAAACUCUCACACAACUCUCACUUGUCAACGUUUGUCAACUCUUAUCCUGUUUCUAUAAAAACCUAAUGCUUUCUAUUUUUCAGACUGGUUUAUAAGCGAAAGGAAUUAAAUACUUUUGAAGAACAAACGGAAAUUGAUGGAACAAUGUCAGAUAAUUUGGAGGUAUAGUAAAUUUGAAGCAUAACGAUGAUUGUUCCGUAUUGUGAACUUGUUAAGAGGAUUAAAAAGAUGACAGCAUUAUAAUGUCAACUUAUAUAUUCUGACAGGAUUACACUCAUAAUCUAGUCUGUCAUAAUUUCCGUGGAGUAUGGACAUUGACAAAUAGAAAAUUGAGUUUUGGCCUAGUGGAAACAUACACACGAUCGCAGGUACAGUAGACUAUAGUGCAGCAUAGUUCAUUUCUCCUGGAGGUUUUUUGUCAUAGAAGUAAUCCGUUGAAACUCAAUCCCAAUUCACUUGGAUACUUUUGUUUCAUUCUAUGCUUACAUUAUCAGAACAGUGGUGACUAGGCUUGUGAGUUAUCCCACCCAAUUCACUCACAUGUAUAAUUUAAAUGCUUGGUUACCUUUGUUCCAUUCUAUGCUUACAUUAUCAGAACAGUGGUAACUAGGCAUGUGAGUUAUCCCAUCCCCAAUUCACUCACAUAUAUAAUUUAAAUGCUUGGUUAUCUUUGUUCCAUUCUAUGCUUACAUUAUCAGAACAGUGACUAGACAUGUGAGUUAUGCCACCCAAUACACUCACAUAUAUAAUUUAAAUGUUUGGGUACCUUUGUUCCAUUCUGUGCUUACAUUAUCAAAAAAAUGGUGACUAGGCAUGUGAGUUAGACCAAGCUAUAGGUAAAGUUUAAAUUUAAUUUUUUUCGUAUCAAUUCAGCAAUUGAAAAGAGAUUUAUCAGCUGAUGCUCUGAAAUUUGCUAAAGUUGACAAUAAGGUAUGAACAUCCCUGCAUUCUUCGCCAAUAUUUUUCUGUAGUGAUUUUAAAAUAUUUUUUAAUUCUUGCUAUGGAAGACCACUGCAGUGCCUGAGGCUUCCCCCGACGUCAGUACUCGGAGGGAUUCGUCAACACGUCGACUCUCGACGAGCCAAACGAAGUUGGACGAUCUUUUCACGAAAACUAUUGGUGGAAAAAUGGAGGUGAGCAACCUGUAAACAUGGAUUUUAAUAUUUCUAUGGACAGUUACGGAGAUAUUUUUGGCUGGAGUGUGAAGCGGGAUAUUUUGAGGGGAUGGACCAUUUUUCGGGGGUGGGGGACAUUUUUGGAUGGCAUUUCAUAGAGAAUUUUCCGUUUUACUGUAUUCAAAGACAAAGUGAGUACUCCUUAAGUUAUAACCAUGUUACCAUGGUCGUGUUUAACAGCUUAUAAUUAGUGCUCACUUGUCCAUUGAAAGACCUUUAAUAUUUUAUGUUUCUUUAAUAUUUUAUGUUCGACUGGCUGUCCCUGUUUCACUUACUGUGAAGACCUUUGGCAGGUUGUUCAAAAGGCGAUUAGCUUAACCCUGGGUUAACCAACAAUUCAAAGCAAACUUCCUGACAGCUUGUUUAUAAAUUUGGAAAUAUUUUUUUAGAGAUCUUGUCUGGAUCGGUAGGAGUUUUCUUCUCUGAAGUUUUGUAAUGAACAGACGUGCAGAAAUACAGAAACUAAAACGUCCCCUUGUAUUUAUUUUUCCAGGGGGGUGACGAUGCAGAUGUACCUGGGUCCAGACCUCGAUCAACUACAAGUGAUGUCUUACUCGAUAAACUGGUCUCGGAGUCUGCUGAUUCUUCGAAAUUUUAUGUUCAAACAGAGGAGGUACGGACUUUGGUGGAAAUAGUGGGGGAGGUGGAAAAAAUUUCGGUGCAGUGGUGUAGCUUACAACACCCAUGGAAAGUUAGGGCUUAGAACAUAGAUAUCUUAUAUACACUAGAUAGUGCAUCUAAUUAUUGUGCAAUUCAAAAAUUGAAACCGUGAUUGCAGUCUCAGGUCGUUCCCAUGAAAUGAGAAGAUUCGUAUGUUUCCUAUUUCUUAAACAGGGAACUUAAAGAUUAAGUUAACCCUAUUCCAAAUACAUUUUUAAACUAUUCAAAUGAUGAAAGUUAUUGUUGUUUUUUUAAGCGUUUAUUAGCGAGUGGGAAACUCCGAUAUGGCCGCCAUCUAUUCAAAUGGGGGUAACCGCUGGAAUAUUCUUGGCUUCAAUUUUACUAAAAGAGAUGCGCUAUCUAGUGUAUAUAAGAUAUCUAUGGCUUAGAACGGGCCAAAGUCAAGAGACGUGUGUAUGUAGUGUACAUAUGUAUCAGUGUAUUAAUGAAUUAUUAUUCUUCGUGUCCUGCUUCGUGGUCGUAUUCUUCUUGUUCGUAUUUCGUUUUCUCCAACUGCUACUUCAUUUCUUUAUUUUUUAUUUAGGGUACAACUGACGAGACGCAAUCAGGUGGCUAUGCCCUCUGUAACUCCGAGGACGUACAUGAACAACGAUGGCAUUGUAAGUCAACCUAAACUGACUUUAUUUAUACUGGAUAGCUCUAUCCGUUCAAACUGUUCUCUUUAGAAAUCCAGUAAGAGUCGUCUCUUAUUGAUCCAGUGUUAAUACAGGAGGAAACCUAAACUAAACUACUGUAACUUUAUUUAUACUGGAUAGCUGUAUCCGUUCUAAACUGUUCUCUCUAGAAAUCCAGCAACAGUCAUCUCUUAUUAAUCCAGUGUUAAUACAGGAGGAAACCUAAACUAAACUACUGUAACUUUAUUUAUACUGGAUAGCUGUAUCCGUUCUAAACUGUUCUCUCUACAAAUCCAGCAACAGUCAUCUCUUAUUAAUCCAGUGUUACUACAGGAGGAAACCUAAACUAAACUAACUUUAUUUAUACUGGAUAGCUCUAUCAGUUCUAAACUGUUCUUCCUAGAGGUCCAGUAACAGUCAUCUCUUAUUGAUCCAGUGUUACUACAGGAGGAAACCUAAACUAAACUAACUUUAUUUAUACUGGAUAGCUCUAUCAAUUCUAAACUGUUCUCCCUAGAGGUCCAGUAAGGAUCAUCUCUUAUUGAUCCAGUGUUACUACAGGAGGAAACCUAAACUAACUUUAUUUAUACUGCAUGGAUAGCUCUAUCAGUUCUAAAAUGUUCUCUCUAGAAAUCCAGCAACAGUCAUCUCUUAUUAAUCCAGUGUUACUACAGGAGGAAACCUAAACUAAACUAACUUUAUUUAUACUGGAUAGCUCUAUCAGUUCUAAACUGUUCUUCCUAGAGGUCCAGUAAGAGUCAUCUCUUAUUGAUCCAGUGUUACUACAGGAGGAAACCUAAACUAAACUAACUUUAUUUAUACUGGAUAGCUCUAUCAGUUCUAAACUGUUCUCCCCAGAGGCCCAGUAAGGACAAUUUAGUAUUGGUCCAGUAUUAGUAGUAUUACUACAAAACAAAAUGGGAUUACCUUAAGGAAAACUUCGAAUUUUUUCUUUAGUUGAAUUCGUAAACUCUCAAGUGAUGUUAAAAGGCAUUGAAAACUCUGGCUGCCUGCUGGUCACUGCGGGUAAUGCCGAGGUUCUCAAUCGUUUACAUCGUCCUACGCAGAGUGGAAGAAAGCUGCUGAAUAAGAAAACAUGGGUCGGACAUUUGGAAAAUAUGCAGGUAUCGUUCUUUUCGAAAGUAUUCAUAAAGUUGGAUAGAACUAAACUAGAGUACUCAUUCCAAUAACAAAAGUCUCUGUUUCUCUCAGUAUUUUUGUACAGUGGGUUCAAAUGAAGAUAUCACGAACACAGACAACUUGUGGUUAGACUCGAGCACGAUUCAAGCUCGACGUAAAAACACGGGAAUUGAUCUAACUGACCUGAGCUCCGUGCUGGGUACUGGUGACUGUAUUGGAUCUCUAGUUGAUAACAUGGUAGCGACGAACACGAAGUUACAGAGAAUUGUUUCCAGGUGUGGAUGUCAGUUUUAUUACGCUAGUUUUGACGACGAACUGGAAGAUGGAUUAGAGGCAGUUCCUGCUUCCAAUACGGUGAGAAAAUAACUUGGUACAAUUGUCAAUACUGUACUGUCAUUUGUCAUAGUUAGAAUUGCUUGUGCAUAAUAAAAUUUACUUUUCAUAAGAUUAUUUCACUCGCUUUCAGCACACAUGAGCUGCGAAAGAAUUUGAUUGGCAGUGAACUUACUACAGUAAAACUCUUGUUUAUACUUAACUGAAAACUAUAUAAAUUUAGGGAUAGUAACUUUGGCUGAAUUUUUCUGGCAAAUCUACCUGUACUUGCGGACUUUGCCCGUCAUGAUUGAGCUUGCUGGAGUCUCUUUUGUCUGUGGACAUUUCUUACAUUUUUAUUUUCUUUUUAGCCUGCCCCGUCACCAUCUUCAAAACUUCGUGAUAAUCAAAGUGCCUGGGAUCCAGUGAACACCUUCACUCUCAAGCAUCCUGUGUUGGAGAUCUGCAUUAAUUCUGUACGUCACGGUAUCGGAGUACACUAGACUGACCUUUUCAAUACUAUAUAGCUCUAACAGUUCUAAAUUUUACUACAGGAGGAAACCUAAACUAAACUAACCUUAUUUAUGCUGGAUAGCUCUACCAGUUCUAAACUGUUCUUCCUAGAGGUCCAGUAAGGAUCUUCUCUUAUUGAUCCAGUGUUAUUACAUGCAGGAAACCUAAACUAAACUAACCUUAUUUAUGCUGGAUAGCUCUAUCAGUUAUAAAGUGUUCUUCCUAGAGGUCCAGUAAGGAUCAUCUCUUAUUGAUCCAGUGUUAUUACAUGCAGGAAACUUAAACUAAACUAACCUUAUUUAUGCUGGAUAGCUCUAUCAGUUCUAAACGGUUCUUCCUCUGUUUACUUUUAGGCACAAUACGCUCUCAUUCUUGAUAUCGUUAGCAACGUACUGCUGUACACAGAACCACAGAAGAAGGUAUAGGAUAUACGACUGUUGAUUUCCCGCUUUUUUCCUGCAUCACGAGCAUAAGUUUAGUCCGGACGUUUCUUCUGUUACAGGAAGUGUCCGAACUUGAACAACGCAUGGGUUUCUACUUCCAACUAAGUACGCCCGAAGAUUUGAAAGGAACCAUUCUUCAUGCACAGAAUACUGUCAGGUAUGAACCAGAAUAAUGUCCGGGGACUAGAUUGAAUAUAUUAUGAAGUUCUAUUAUUUCUUUUCACUUAGUGAGUUGCUCACGCGUGUACCACGAACACGAAAAAUAAACACGCAACUAGACCCAGACCUCUCACGGUCACCUACCUCUCGUUCAUCCCCUUCAGCCACAACCUUGAACUUAUCUGUCUCAAGUUCCUUUUCCUUUGGUGGCCAUGUCAUCUCCCGAGGGAGACUUUUAAUUAUACUUAAAUCACAUUUUCAGACAACCCCCCCCCCCCUGCCAAGUUAUCACUGUUGUGAUAAAGUAAUUGUAUGUGAGUGAAUUGGGUGGAAUUGCCACUGUUCUGAUAAUGUCUAUAGUAGUUUCUACUGUUCUGAUAAUGUAUUAAAAUAUAGAAUGGAGCGAAGGUAACCGAGCUUUUAAGAUGAUAUAAACCCAUGUUAAGCGAUUAGAUUUAUUUACCAAGGAAAAAUAGUUCUUCCGUAUCACACUUCCGUAUCACGAAAACUGUUCGAAGUCAUCUGAAGUUUAAUUGUAUCUCUUCCAGGGCUUGUCUCAUGCGUCUGAAUGAACUGCGUCGUGCUUUGUAUAAUUUAAAUGAAAUAAUGAAAGAAAAGGAAAGAAUGGAAACACCGGAUGCGGAAAUUGGAGA